AUGUCUUUCAAGAGCACCAAACGAGAUGACACACAGCCAGUCCAGUAUCGAAUGGUUACUGUCGAGCCAGUGUUGUUACUUGUUAUGCUAGCCAUGGGAAUUCUCUUGACGCUUCGGACACAAUACACGAAACAUCGUGUAUCGGAAAGUUACAAUGAGACGUCUUCAGUAGGCCUAUUGAAAGAAAAUGGAACGUGUCUUUUGAAUGAAAGUGAUCAUGAUUGUGAAAUAGAGAGUCAAAUCCAAUCAGACACGUCUCUCUUAGUAAUGUACAUGUCUGUAGCAGAGUGUCUCCCGCCGUUGUUUGUGUCAAUGAUCGUCGGGUCGUGGAGUGAGGUUUACGGCCGUAAAUUUGCGAUGUUGAUUCCGUCUGUUACAUUCGUUGUUGUUUGUGGUUUAUACCUCGCUGUUGUUUACAUGGAACUAAGUGUUUACUUUCUCAUUGGUGUCAACUUAAUCCAGGGUCUUGGUGGUGAUGUUAUUCUGUUCAACGCAGCAUGUUUCGCUUACAUGGCCGAUAUUACUCAAAAUAAGCCGAGGAUAUUUCGGAUGAUAAUUUUAGAAACAACAAUUUAUGCAGCAUCUGGACUCGCCCAGGUUUUUCUGGGUUACCUCUUGAAAUUCAGGGGUUACAAAGCUUCACUUUGGUUAGCGUUUUCUUUAAGUCUAGCUUCAGUAAUAUGGAUCAUAACUCCUGGACUAUUUAAAGAAUCCAUACAAACACAUCAUGUUAAAGGAACGGUGACCCAUGGUUCUAGUGGGGAAAAAGAAUUCCCGAAGACAUUGGGAAACCAACUUAAACAAAUUCCAAAAGUAUUUGGCAAAAGAUAUAAUGAACCUCGGCGUCAAUACAGACUGAUGAUAGUUUUGACAAUUUACUUCAUAUUUGUGCUAAUGUGGGCAAGUUUUAUAACACUUGUAACAAUCUACGGUCUUGGUAAGCCAUUUUGUUGGUCUCCUGUAAUUGUUGGAUACUACAGUGCAGCGGGGGCUCUUUUCCCAGGACUCGGUAGUAUUUUAUGAAUUUCAGAUUAUCUUUACUAGGCUAAAAUUCUUUAUAUUAUAUUUAUAUACUCUAAAUAUUUAAAAAUAUUCUCUAGUGAAAU